UAUAACAGAUUCAGAAACUCCAAAUGCUGAACUCCUCCUCCUCCUCCUCCUCACCAUCAUCUCACUGGGCGCAUCUGCAGGCUGCAGGAGCAGAGCGAUAUGAGUUCAUACGGAUACACUGAAACUUAGCUUUGCUUCUCUGCUCACUGGAUAUCCCUCAAAUGGAGAUGAAGGAUAUUUAAGUGAAAGACGAGUGGCAACCCCGGCUCAUUUGAAAUAUUUGCUUUGUCAAAUAGAAUCUCCUUUACUUGCGGUCAUAAUGGGAUUACGCAUGUUUGGCACGCCGUUUUACGCAUAUGCGUGCGUCUAUUUAUUUGUUUUCGUCCCGCAAGGUGCCCAGUGUCAGAGAAAUCCGGGGACACAUCAAGGAAAUAACCAAAGAGCGGCUCUGCGGAAUACACUACAGUGGUCACACAACGGCAAGAUUUUUAGCAUUUUAAGCCAGGGCUCGGAGUAUCAGCCACCGAGGCGCAGGGGCGCACCUCAGGAGCAAGUGCAGGCGCGACCUGUCACCAUCAUCCGAGAUGCGGGCGUGAGACAUCCGGACACCCAGAGCCAGCCGGCGGCCCAACAGCAGCAGCAGCCUCCAAGGCCGGCGUCUAACCCGCACGGCCCCCGUGGCCUGGUGCCUCCGCUCCAGAGGCUCGUGAGAGGGCACGAGCACCGCCAGCAUCACCACGAGCGGCCCGGUGAGCGCCCGGGGACGCAGAGGAGCAACAAAGCCAAUGAGACCCAGGAGAAGGUCACCGUCAGUCCACCUCUGCCCAGGAGGGAAGAUAUGAUGGUCGCCGACGACCCCUACGACCCCUACAAGUCCAUUGAUAGCGAUAAUCCAUAUUACAAUUAUUAUGACGUUUACGAGAGACCGAGGCCGAGAUCGAGACCCGGAUAUGGCACAAGGUAUCAUCAGUACGGUCUUCCUGAUCUUGUACCUGAUCCGUACUACAUUCAAGCCUCUGCUUAUGCCCAGAGAGUCCCGAUGUAUAACCUGAGAUGUGCAGCCGAGGAAAACUGUUUGUCAAGCUCAGCCUACAGGGCCAGUGUUAGAGACUACGACACCCGUAUGCUGCUGAGGUUCCCUCAGAGAGUCAAGAACCAGGGGACAGCGGACUUCCUCCCCAGCAGGCCACGCUACUCCUGGGAGUGGCACAGCUGUCACCAGCACUUCCACAGCAUGGAUGAGUUCAGCCAUUACGACCUGCUGGAUGCCCACACUCAACAGUCGGUGGCUGAGGGCCACAAGGCCAGCUUCUGCUUGGAGGACACUUCCUGUGACUACGGAUACUACAGGCGGUAUGCCUGCACCUCACAUACCCAGGGCCUGAGCCCAGGAUGUUAUGAUACCUAUAACGCAGACAUCGACUGCCAGUGGAUUGACAUCACAGAUGUGAAACCUGGAAACUAUAUCCUCAAGAUCAGUGUAAAUCCGUACUAUCAGGUCCCAGAAUCGGACUACAGCAACAACAAUGUGCGCUGUGAUGUUCGCUACAGUGGCAACUACGCCUCUGUGUCAGGUUGUCAUAUGUCAUCGUAUUAAGAGAUGACAGUCAUUCACAGCAACUCAGCUGAGACGUUCUGUAAGUGACAAUGAAGAGGACUGCAUUUGAAAACAUUAAAAAAAAAAAAACAUAGAAUAAAAUUUGUAAGACUUGCAUUCAUUUUAUAAUUUAAAAUACUCCCAAUUCAGAAAAAGAGUAGAAAUCAUCUGACAUUAUAGUGCCAGAUAUUGUCAAAUUCCUCUUUGCUUGUGUGGGAAUGUAGUUUUUUUUCUCCUUACUGAAAAGUAUAUUCUUUUUUCAACUUUUCUUUGAGAUUUUUACAUUUUCCUUAUGUAUGCUUGCAUUUCAUACUUCUAAGAUAGUUUAAGAAUAAAAUCCUUUCAAUUUAGAAGCCUAAAAUAGCUAAAUACACACAUAAACCAGCUUGCCCUCAUUGUUAAGUCAAUAUCAAUUAUAUCACAAUUUUAAAAUGAACCACUUGUUUAAAAAUGUAUUUGUUAUAUUUAUAUCCAACGGAAGAAAUGUUCUUUACUCCAAAGCUUUUGAUGAAACUUGAAUAAAACUUUGUGAUAUUGUAUCACUUUUUUAGACAUAUCAGUUUGAAGUGACCUUUUCUCUCCCUGUCUUACCUUUUUAUACUCUGUUUUAUUUUCUUUGCUGAAAACACACACACACACACACACGCACACACAACAUGCAAAAAAAGGGGAAUACAAAAGGUUAUAGAUGGGGCUGUAAACCGGUGAUUAUUUUCAUUACCUUUUAAUCAUUUUUUUAGUCAGUAAAAUGUCACAAAGAAAAGCAGAAUAUCCUCACAAUUAAGAGGCUGGAAACAGAUUUAUUUAUUUUUUAUAAUUAUUUUUUUUAAUCCAGUGAUUGAGCAGUUCACUUUUAAUAAAAAAUGGGGGACUUGUGAGAGACAAGUUAUAAAAACAAUGGUCAAAACUGAGGCGGCAGAGUCCAUUAUAUGGCUGGCUUUUGGAUUAUUACUCUUAUUACUUUGCUUACAGGCAGCCUCAGUACCAUUAAUA